UUAAUUUUCCUGUCUGGCUGGUCUGAAUAGUGUCCUUACUGGUGUUUUAAAGUCAUGAAACACCUUAGUUGUGAGUUUUGUUUGUAAAUGACUUGAAAUAACACAGUGAGCUGAGCUUGGAAGUGUUGUGUACACAUCCUCAGCUGCUCCAGCGUUGUGGGAGAUACUUGGGGACUCUGCUCCUGCUCUUGCAGGGACAGCAAAAGGGUGCUGAUUGUGGGCUUUUUUUUUUUCCAGGUGUACAUUCAGGUUCCCGAGCACAAACAUCAAGAUAACGUUCACUGCCCUGUCCAGCGAGAAGAGGGAGAAGCAGGAGGCGUCAGAGUCUCCGGUGAAGGCCGUGCAGCCGCACAUCUCACCCCUGACCAUCAACAUUCCAGACACCAUGGCCCAUCUCAUCAGCCCUCUGCCCUCCCCUACAGGAACCAUCAGCGCUGCAAACUCCUGCCCCUCCAGCCCCCGGGGAGCGGGGUCUUCAGGGUACAAGGUGGGCCGAGUGAUGCCAUCUGACCUCAAUUUAAUGGCUGACAACUCACAGCCUGAAAAUGAAAAGGAAGCUUCAGGUGGAGACAGCCCGAAGGAUGAUUCAAAGCCACCCUACUCGUAUGCACAACUAAUAGUACAAGCAAUUACAAUGGCGCCCGACAAACAGCUCACCCUGAAUGGGAUUUAUACACACAUCACUAAAAAUUAUCCCUACUAUAGGACAGCGGACAAGGGCUGGCAGAAUUCAAUUCGCCACAAUCUCUCUCUGAAUCGUUAUUUCAUCAAAGUACCGCGUUCCCAGGAAGAACCAGGCAAAGGCUCAUUCUGGAGGAUAGAUCCCGCCUCUGAAAGCAAAUUAAUAGAACAGGCUUUUAGGAAAAGACGGCCUAGGGGCGUGCCUUGCUUUAGAACCCCUCUGGGACCGCUCUCUUCUAGGAGUGCCCCAGCCUCUCCCAAUCACGCUGGAGUGCUGUCUGCUCACUCUAGUGGCGCCCAGACCCCUGAGAGCCUGUCGAGGGAAGGUUCGCCGGCCCCCCUGGAGCCUGAGCCUGGCACCGCGCAGCCCAAACUCGCUGUCAUCCAGGAAGCCCGAUUUGCCCAGAGUGCACCAGGGUCACCUCUGUCCAGUCAGCCAGUCUUAAUCACCGUCCAGCGGCAGCUACCGCAGGCCCUCAAGCCUGUCACCUACACUGUAGCCACCCCGGUGACCACCUCGGCCGCCCAGCCACCCGUCGUGCAGACGGUUCACGUCGUCCACCAGAUACCAGCAGUGUCGGUUGCCAGUGUGGCCGGGCUGGCCCCAGCGAGCACGUACACUGUCUCUGGACAAGCCGUGGUCGCCCCUGCAGCUGUGCUGGCCCCUCCCAAGGCAGAGCCCCAGGAGAACGGAGAUCACAGGGAAGUCAAAGUGAAAGUGGAGCCUAUUCCCGCCAUUGGCCAUGCCACGCUAGGCACUGCUAGCCGGAUCAUCCAGACGGCACAGACCACCCCGGUCCAGACGGUGACCAUAGUACAACAGGCACCUCUAGGUCAACACCAGCUGCCGAUAAAAACUGUAACGCAAAACGGCGCUCACGUGACGUCCGUCCCCACUGCGGCCCACGGCCAGGUGAACAAUGCAGUGGCGAGUCCUUUGCACAUGUUAGCGACGCAUGCGUCUGCAUCAGCCUCCCUGCCCACAAAGCGCCAGAACGGCGACCAGCCGGAGCAGCCGGAGCUGAAGCGGAUCAAGACCGAAGACGGCGAGAGCAUUGUCAUUGCCCUGAGUGUGGACACGCCACCGGCAGCCGUAAGGGAAAAGGGUGUCCAGAACUAGUGACCGGGAGCUUUUCUUCAACAGUAUCGACUUUGUGGUGCCAAAAGGAGACAUCGCCUCCCGCCAGCUCUCGGUGGGUGCAGGGCCCUGUGGUUGGACUUCACCUCUCAGCACUGAAAACACAAAACCCAGGUGGCCUUAAAACUCCUUAAUUUAAAGACAGAAGUCACACUUGAACAAAAACCACACACAACAAAACCUGAUUUUGGAGACAGUGUCUCCCCCACUGAGCACCUGCUGGGCCGUUGCCUUUAGGCUCAUCUUUUACCUACGAGUGAAACUCUCGGUCCUCCCAGGAGGACCAGGCAUCGCAUGUGGGGACGGCGCAGUCAGUCCUAGGUCCUCGGGAUGUGGGGGGAGCCCUCCCCACCGCCCUCACAGGACCCACCAGGCAGUAGGGACCAGGUGGUGUUCUGUUGCUCACAUGUGGAGUUAGAGUAUUUUGAGGUGUACUUUCUUUACAGGAUCAUGGGGUCUUGGGCAUUUCACAUCACUCCAUUUCUACUCAGACUUCUGGAAUCACACAGGACCUUUCAGUGGAUUUCAUUUGGGGAAAUGACACAACGUAGCUUUUUGUUUUCAGCCUAUGGAAUGAUUUCCUUUUGUCUGUCUUGUUAAAGUUCAGAUGAAGCUACUCUGUGGCAGCUGCGCGUUUCCAUGUUACAGCAGCUGCCUGAUGAAUUUCAUCCACCUCCGUUUCAGCAUGUGGCUCCCGUGGACAGGUGGACGGACGCUGUGGCCACGUGGAACCCUGAGAGCCCAGGGACAAGCUGGUGCUGGGAAGGAGCUGCCGGGACUCGCCGAGCUGCACUUAACUGUUCCCUUUUGGCCAUUUUUUGUUGUUUCUUUGUGUUGACUUUGUCCCUGGCAAAAUUUUCCACUCUAAGUAAAACAAGUCUCCUGAGUAUUGUGUAUGUUUAAAACGACAGAACCAUUACUUCAUUUGAAAAAAAAGAUUCAGUCUUUUAUCACAGGCCCUUUUGAAACUCAGAUCCCAGGUCUCUCGUGGUAUGUUUGUAUUUUGGGUGUCCUCCCAGCUCUAGGCGCCCUCCAGCCCAUCCACGGCGGAGCAGCGGCCGAGCGCGCCCUGCAGGGGACGUCUGGGCAUUUCCUGAUUUUCGGCAGAAAACGUCCUGACCUUUCAGAACUGAAGCCAGUCCUGAGGCUGACUCCUACAGAAGACGGAGAGAGAGGAGGGGGUGAGGGAAGGAGUGGGAGGCCCCGCGCCCCUCGCCCGGCUCCCCUUUCCCGAGUGAGCGAGGGUGCCGUGCCGGCCGAGGGCCAAGCGGUGCGCUUGGAGCAAGGGCGGCAGCCUGGUGCGAGAUUUUUAUUGUCAUCAUCGUAACAUUAUUUAUUUAAAUGUAGUUAUUUUGGUAUUUAAUUUUUUUUAGAGAGGAAAACCGUAUUUUCCUGGUGGGAUGAAAUGGCUCAGAAUGGUAUAUUUAGGCAAUUUAAAAGCUAUUAUUUACAUAAAGACCAAAUAUGAUGAAUCUGUUGGGUGAAUUGUGUGUGGCCCUCAGCAUGGGGCUGUGACGCACGUUGAAUGAAGUCACUGCACACUAGCUGGAUUAUAACUCGGCCGUUUCAGAAAUAAAGCAUCACGUGACUGAGA